GCUGCUCCGGUGUUCCUUUGUGGUGGCAGUUCGCAUCCGGUUCGUGAGGAGACUGAGAUACACAAAAAAAGGAGAAAGGAUUUUAAAGCUCGCAGACAGAAAGCGGAAAUCCGUGUGUUCCUCACCUCUACACCUCUCUGUACCGAGAGAGGAGCGGACAGAGUUUAUUACACACCGGGAGAGAGGAGCUGAGAGACAGCACUGAGAGCGGAACCUGAGUGCUACCGUUUCAUUGGGAAGUGUGCUAACAGGCUAAAGCUAGCGUAGUGUGUGUGUGUGUGUGUGUGUGUGUGUAUAUGAGAGAGAGAAAGUGAGGACUGUACCGGGUCAGUUUAUACCGGGUUAUUACAGGUGUGUGUGUGUGUGUGUGUGUGUGUGUGUGUGUGUGUGUGUGUGUGUGUGUGUGUGUGGCGGUGAUGGCGAGCUCGGCCUUGUACGCCUGCACCAAGUGUAACCAGCGCUACCCGUUCGAGGAGCUCUCUCAGGGACAGCAGCUCUGCAAGGAGUGUCGGAUCGCCCAUCCCAUAGUGAAGUGCACCUACUGUAGAACUGAGUUCCAACAGGAGAGCAAAACCAACACCAUCUGCAAGAAAUGCGCCCAGAAUGUCAAACAGUUUGGAACACCGAAGCCAUGUCAGUACUGUAACAUCAUUGCUGCGUUCAUCGGGACAAAGUGUCAGCGCUGCACUAACUCUGAGAAGAAGUAUGGUCCACCACAGACCUGUGAGCAGUGCAAACAGCAGUGUGCCUUCGACAGGAAGGAGGAGGGCCGGAGAAAGGUGGAUGGGAAGCUGCUGUGUUGGCUCUGCACACUCUCCUACCGCCGUGUUUUACAGAAAACUAAAGAACAGCGUAAAGGCCUCAGCUCCUCCCACUCCAACUCCUCAUCACUCAGCGACAAGGAACAUCGCCACCACCACCACCGCCACAGCACCUCUCACAAGCUGAGUAGCAGUUUGAGUCCGGAGCAGGAGCAGCGACUGUGGGAACAGAGCCAUAAAUCAGCAUCCAUUCAGAAAGAAACACCAAAGAAGAAACCCAAACUGGAGCUGAAACCAUCCAAUGGAGACAGUAGCUCUAUAGCUCAGUCGAUGGACUCAGGUGGGACAGAUAACUUCAUCCUUAUUAGUCAGCUGAAAGAGGAAGUGAUGUCACUUAAGAGACUGCUGCAGCAGAGAGACCAGACAAUCCUGGAGAAGGACAGGAAGCUGACUGAGCUGAAGGCUGAUUUUCAGUAUCAGGAGUCGAACAUGCGUCUGAAGAUGAACAACAUGGAGAAAGCUCACAAAGAGGCCAUGGAGCAACAACAGGCAAAGAACAGGGAGUUGAUGAAACAGGUUGCUGCACUCUCUAAAGGAAAGAAGCUUGACCGUACCAGCAGCUCACUUUUGUUACCAUGACGACGACCUCUUGUCCACACAUGCCACGUCAUCACUGUGAGGACGCUUAGGCUCACAUACAAAUUCCACCCACCCCACCCCACCCCACCCAAAAAAAAGCUGCCUGUCUAUCUCUACAUCACUGUCUACCUGUCUGUCUCAUUCUCUCCCUCUAUUCAUCUCCUGUCUGUCUCUCACCCCAACGAGUGGCCUGACCCUGUUUGCUCUCAGUCUCUCUCUCUUUCCAUCUCUGGAUCUUCUGUCUCUUUCCUGAAGAUGUCAUUGAUGAUGUCACACAUGCAGCCCUGCCCCAGUCAUGUGACUCUGAGCUGAGGGGCUGGGCUAUGGACAAACAAGGCUGCCCGGUACACCGAACCUGCAGGAUGCACACACACCAUAUAUCUGUCUGCAGAGGGUGACUGUAAAGCUGUCUGUCUCUCUGCCUGUCUGCCUGCGUACGGCGGGCUUUUAAUCACAACAGUGAUGAGGAUUUUAUUAUUCUGUGUGAAAGAGAAUUGUUAUUCACAUUAUAGGAGUCUCUCUCUCUCUCUCUCUCUAUUAUAAGUCUUUGUACUGUGACACUUUUGUAUUUUUUAUUUUGUCCUCCAGAGUGUGGACAUUUCAGGAACAAUAAAUCAUCAAAAACUCCUGUGUGUGU